AUGGAAAUUGACGAGGCGUUCUCUGACCUGGAUUGUGAUUCGUCACUGCUUGACGAAUCACUGUUAUGCUUGGGAAUGACUGAUGAGCGACUGUUAGAUGAGGCGUUUUUGAAAUGCGGUCGAAGAGUCAUGGAAGUGUAUUUCAACGUGAUAAAGGAUUAUGAUGAAAGGAUACGAAAAGAGGAAGCACCCAACUUUAUUAGAAUCGUCAAAAAGCUUCCACUUCGUCGUUAUCACACCUACGAUGACUCAACCCCUACUAGGCUCAAUCUUGAACCGGAUGACUUAAGCGAAUUUAUCACACAUUUCAAGAUUACCGACUGUCGCAAUAUGAAUGCACAGCGAUGUGGUGUUCGUUUUCUACCAGCACUCGAACUUCGACCAAGAACGGCGUAUUGGGUGCACACAGAGUGCAAUAUUAGGGCGGAUGAGGAACACAGACUUUCACAUAUUCCUUUCGUUAGCGAAGACCAUGAUGACAAGCAGUUUUGUGCCGAGCUAAGAAAGUUAUAUGACGAGGGUAUCCAUGGAGCAGAUAGAGGGUGUGACAAGUAUAUCAAUGACUACAUU